UUCUCUCUCUUCUUUCUCUCUCUGGGCUGGCGUUGCUUGGCCUGGCAGAGCUCAACGUCGUCGUUGUCCUUGCUCUUCUUCUUCUUCUUUCAUGAUUCUGUUGCCUCUGCCCGCCAUCGCUGCUGCACUGUUGUCUCUGACGUUGUCCGGGGCGCCGUGUUACGCCGGCCAUACCAAAAGCGAAGGAAGGCGGAGAACGGAGGAGUGAGGGGGAGGGAAGAAGGGGGAGAGAGAGAGAGAGAGAGAGAUAAGACGACGCAGGUAAAGGAGCACGGUGUUGUAGUUUGCAAGGGUAAGGAGGGAGGGAGAGAGAGAGGGAGAGAAAACAUAGAAAUAAUUAAUAUUGAUGUACUGGACUAGGCGAUGAGCAUUAGAUUAGAGUGUAUUUGCGGCAUCGGAGGGGAUUGGGAGCGGCUCCUGGGUUGGUAGGGUGCAUCGGAGGCGCCAAGUGCAAUGCGUUGCGCGGAUGGAGAGGCAGGGAAGCGGGGCAGGCACAUAGCGAUGGUGUCAAUUUCAAAAAAAAAGGGAUAAAAGCAGGGAAUAAAAAGCGAGAGACGUUGUUUUGUGGCCUAUGAUGCUGCUGUCUUGAGGGGGAAGGUGCAAGAGGGAGAGGUGUGAGAGUGAGGUGAGGCGGUGCGCAGGAUGUGCUUAUCGGGAUCGAUGAGAGCGUGGGGAGGCGAGUCGAGGAAAGGUAUUGAGGUUCGAUUAGGACCGGUGAUUGCCGAUUGAGAGGGAGUAUGAACUCCUGUCAAUGUGCAAUUUAGGGAAGGAGAAGGUGUCGAGUGUUGAAGAGCAGCGCACGGAGAGGCAUAUGAUCGAAGAAAUUAAAAAAUAUUAUCUAAAUAACUCAAUCUCAGACUGGCAACAUGAAGCGAGCCUAUAAAUUACAGGAGUUUGUUGCACACUCUUCCAAUGUCAACUGCCUCAAGAUUGGGAAGAAGUCCUCUAGGGUCUUGGUCACCGGCGGAGAGGAUCACAAAGUCAACAUGUGGGCUAUUGGGAAGCCCAACGCUAUAUUGAGUUUGGCAGGUCACACUAGUGCAGUGGAGUCGGUCGCUUUUGAUGCAUCUGAGGUCGUGGUUGUUGCUGGAGCUGCAAGCGGCACCAUUAAGCUUUGGGACCUUGAAGAAGCCAAAAUUGUACGCACUCUUACAGGUCACCGAUCAAAUUGCAUAUCUGUAGAUUUCCAUCCUUUCGGAGAGUUCUUUGCGUCGGGAUCUUUGGAUACAAAUCUCAAGAUAUGGGAUAUUCGACGAAAAGGAUGCAUCCACACUUACAAAGGUCAUACCCGUGGCAUCAACUCCAUAAAAUUCAGUCCGGAUGGGCGUUGGGUGGUCUCCGGCGGCGAGGACAACGUUGUAAAACUUUGGGAUUUGACUGCUGGCAAGCUCAUGCACGAUUUUAAAUACCAUGAAGGCCAAGUUCAAUGUCUAGACUUUCAUCCACAUGAGUUCCUUCUCGCCACAGGUUCUGCGGACAGGACAGUCAAGUUUUUUGACCUCGAAACAUUUGAGUUGAUUGGAUCUGCUGGACCUGAUUCUGCAGGAGUCCGAGCCAUGGUUUUUAAUCCAGAUGGGCGAACUGUACUUACUGCCAUGCAGGAUAGCCUGAAGGUUUUCUCUUGGGAACCGCUGAGAUGUCACGAUAUGGUGGAUGUUGGUUGGCACAAGCUUGCGGAUCUCUCUAUACACGAAGGAAAAUUGCUUGGAUGUUCUUUCAACCAGAGCUGUGUUGGUGUGUGGGUGGUGGAUCUUCAGCGUGUGGCUCCAUAUCAAGUUGGAAAUCCAGGUUGGAAGGAUGGCACAAGUGUUGGGAACAAGAUUGGCAACAAUGUCAAUCAAGCUUCACAAGAAGUGACUCCAACCUCACACUCGAAAACAGAUAGCAGUACGAAUCUUCCUCACAUGAUGGAUAUGGCCAUGAGGAAUGUUAAAAUAACUCCUCCUAAAGACGCAGAAAGCAGCAACUCUCAGCCCAUUCAAAGUGCUCCUAAUUCUGGCAGAAGACCUGCCAGUGUUCUUACUACAGCCCCUUCAACUCCUGCACCUACUUUGCCAUCUCGUAGAGGUAGUCUUGCAACUCCUAAACUAGGUACACCUAGUGGUAGCUCAUUUAGACUUUCUAGCCGAUCUGAUGUCCACGUUGGGGGUACUCCAAGACCUUCAACUGCCCCUGAUAGCGAUCAUGGGUUGGAUGACACCAGAACGACUUCAACCACAGGUGUAGUUACCAUGCCUGCAUCAAAGUCGUAUGAUUCAGAACGGGAUAGCGUUCGUCGUGGUGGUGGUGGUGGUGGUGGAAAUAUUGAUACUUUUAGGAUAGAUCCUAUCCCUCAUGUGAGUAGGUCAAGCUCUACCAAGGAGAGCUUUCGUAGUUCAGACAGUAGUGGGCACGGCCUGACUUCGCAGUAUGCAAGCAAGCCAAGCCUGCAUCCGCACUUGGGUACUAAAGAAGAAGAUGCAACUCUAAACUGGAAUUCAGCCAGAAGUUACAGUUCCAGAAGUGCAUCCUUUGGCGUUCCUUUGGACAACAGUUUGGGGCGUUCUCAUUCUUUUUCAGACGAUUCAAGUCGUUCUCAGGGUAUUAAGAAUGCGAUGGGAGCUGAGCCAUCCACUACAGGACGUGUUGAAACUGGGACUACGAAAGCCCUUCUUGCCCAAUGGGAAAGGAAAGAAAAGUCUAGGCUUCUAGAAAAAUCAACACUUGUAGAAAAACCGGUGGUUGUUGAGAAGUCUCUGUCUCAACCAAGAUCAUACGUUGUGGAGAAAUCUAGUUCCAAUGAGGUGCAAAGCGGUGGUGGUGCUGUCAAAACACUUGGACUGGAUAUCAACUCAUUUGUUCCAAAAGGUAGUAGUUUCCAAUCAGAAUAUACAAAAUCAGCUAAACAGGACACCGAAAUCAUUGAAGAAUUACUCCUUCAGCACCACACUAUGGCUAGCAUCAUGCAGUCUCGCCUAACAAACAUGCAGGUUAUUAGACGGUUCUGGAGUAAGAAUGACAUGAAAGGUGCCAUAGAAGCAAUGAAGAAAAUGGCCGACCAAUCUGUAUUAGUAGAGGUUCUCUCUGCGUUCAUGGAAAAAGCGGAUCUCUUGACCUUAGAAAUCUGUUACAUGUUGAUUCCUCUGCUUAAUGGUCUCCUCAGUUCUGACAAUGACAGAUUUCUGAUGACCGCAUUGGAAUUAUUGGGGAAGCUCGUGGCAACCUUCGGUCCUAUUAUACAUGCAACACGUACUUCUGCAUCAUCAAUAGGUGUUGACCUACAGGCAGAGCAACGGCUUGACCGAUGCAAUAUGUGCUAUCAUGAGUUACAAGCUGUAGGCCAUAGCCUGCUGCCCCUGAUGAGGAAAGGAGGGGAUUUGACAAAAGCAGCCAAGAACUUACAAGAGGCUUUGGGAAGAGUUUGAUUAGAACUGCAAGCAGAUUCUGUUCCUUGUCCUUGUUUCUUUUUCACCUUGGCUGUUGUAGUUGUACACGGAAAGGUUUAGUGAUACGAAUCGUAGACUUUUAUUUGUAGGUAACGAGUGGCAGUGUUUCCUCAUUUUCUAGUUUCCUUGCACUAGUUGUAUGGCUUAGUAGAAUUAAUUUGGUAGGAACCCUUCUUAGACCCAACUUGAGAGGAUAAUUGUUCUGGCAGAGGAACGGGCUUCAUCUCUCGGAGUCUAUUUUCAUCAUCAACCGCGUGAGAAGAGUGUUUUAUACCCUCAUAAACCAUGAAUUCUUUGACUUGACAUAAUUGAGAAGGUAUCUUAAGAAAAAGUGAACAUCGUACCUAUCGCCACAAUGGCGUAGGUAUGUUAGUUCAACUAAGAUUCUUUCAACUUUACUACGAAUUGUUGUUUGUCAAUUCGUAAAUUGUUUUAUAUUUUUACAAGCAAUGAAUUUGGUGAUGAAAGCCGUGCUUUUUA